CUUAUUGAUAAUGCCCCCUAAAAAAGCAACAAAGAAAAAGACACCAUCUCCAUCACCUCCCCCUGCCAAAAGGUCAACGAGAUCAAAAAAAGAAGACAAAGUUGAUGACAAGAAAAAAGAUGUGGUAGCAAAAGUGACAAAGGGCUAAUCCAUAUCAAAAGGAAAAGGUAAAGCUAAAUAGAAGACUCCUUCACCAUCACCUUCACCUCCACCAAAAAAAGCCCCUGUAAGAAAGGAUUCAAAGAAAAGUAACAAAAAGUCACCAUCACCCUAACCAAAGAAAACAGUAAAGAAAUCCCCAUCUCCAGCUAAGAAAGAUGAGGAAUAGAAUCUAAAGAAACUUGUAUUUACAGGCAAAGCUCCUGUUGAUGAAUUUGUUAAUAAUAGAGAUAAUUAUGUAGUAUAUGAAGAUGCAGCAAAAGUAUAUGACUGCAUGAUGAAUCAAACUAAUAUUAUUGGAUCAAAUAAUAAUAAUAAAUUCUAUGUAGUGUAAUUAUUAAAGAGCAAAUCAUCAGAUACAUAUUUUGUAUUUACCAGAUGGGGUAGAGUUGGUGUAUCUGGGUAAUAAGCUUUACAACCAUGUGGAGGUAGUCUAGAAGCAGCCAAAAGUGGAUAUGAAUAGAAGGUUAGGGAUAAGAGUGUAAAAGGAGAUUAUAGAAUCCUAGACAAGGAUUAUAGUAUUAAUACAGAUCCUAAGGAUGCUGAGAAGUUAGAAAAAUUAAAAGAGGACAGAGAAAAGGAGUCUUAUGAUAAGAGUAAGUUGCACACAAAAAUUAAAGAGUUAGUAAGGUUAAUCUUUGAUAUGAAGAUGAUUAAUAAUUAAAUGAAAGAAAUAGGUUAUGAUGCUAAGAAAAUGCCUUUAGGCAAAUUGGCAGCUUCAACAAUUAACAAGGGAUUUGAUGUCUUAAAGAAAAUCUCGGAAGAGUUGAAUAAGAAGUCUCAUAAUACUACAACUUUACAGACAUUGACAAGUGAGUUCUAUAGUCAAAUUCCUCAUGAUUUUGGCAGGGAGAAGGCACCCGUGAUUAAUACAGCUCAAUUGGUAAAGUAGAAGUUAGAAAUGUUGGAAUCUAUUUAGUAGAUCUAAGUAGCAACCAAAAUAUUGGAAGAAUAAAAGGAUGAUGAUACAAACGUUAUUGAUGAAAAUUUCAAGAAACUUGGAAUAAAUAUGCAAUAUUUAGACCCAUCAGAAGAUAAAGUUAAAAUCGUCAAAGAGUUUGUCAAGAAUACCCAUUGUGACACCCAUAAGAAUUAUGAUUUAGAUGUACUCGACGUCUUUGAAUUAUAAAAAGAUUAAGAUGAUAAUAGAUUCAAGAAAGACAUUGGAAAUAGAAUGCUUUUAUGGCAUGGUUCAAGAUUAACCAAUUUUGUUGGUAUUUUAAGUUAAGGAUUGAGAAUUGCUCCACCUGAAGCUCCAGUAACUGGAUAUAUGUUCGGAAAGGGUGUUUAUUUUGCAGAUAUGGUUUCUAAAUCAGCCAAUUAUUGUGCCGUUACAAGAGAGAACAACACAGGAUUGAUUUUAUUGUGUGAUGUGGCCCUAGGAAACACAAAUGAAAAAUUCUACUCUGAUUACUAUGCUAACAAUUUGCCACCUGGUAAGCACAGUACCUGGGGUAAAGGUAAGACUAUGCCACCACCUGCUUAAAAUAUUCCCUUCCCAGGUAUGCCUGAGGUCUAAGUGCCUAUUGGUAAAGGAGCUCCAUCAGGAGUUGCAAAUACCUCUUUGCUUUACAAUGAAUUUAUAGUCUAUGAUGUUGCUUAAAUUAGAUUGAAAUAUUUAAUCAAAAUGAAGUGGAAUUAUAAAUGA